GCUGCGUUGCUGGAAAAAAACAUCAUCUAAUUUGAACCGAGACCACCACUCUCCGCACCAGGAAGGCCACAAGCACGCCACUGGACAAGAACUCCCCGCCGUGACAGCUGCUGCGAUAACAGGAACAACAACCGCAACGAGCAGCAGCUCAAUUCUUUUCGACACGUUCGUGCGACUCUGCGUGCAAAAAGCGAAGAGUUUUCGGUCUUCAUCGAAAAUAUUAAAUGGUGAACAAGCAUCGGCUUACUUCACCAGUGCAGCUCUUGUCAACCCGGAUCUAAAGCCGGAAUCUUCGAUAUUUUAUCAACUGCAAAAAUGUCUGGGUCUGGAAGAAGGCCAGACUUGUCAUGCAGGUUUUCCAUGACCCAUGAGGUCUGGUAUGUAGGACAUAGCAUGACAGAUUCUCCCGUGAGAGUUCUACUUCUAUCAUGCCUAUCCUGCAUGAGAAACUGCCUCUCGACUAGGUCAAAAAGUGGACAGCUUGUGGUAAUCAUGCAACACAGAUUGUUACAUGAUUGAGAUUUAGCAUGACAAGUUCCAGACCCAGACACUUUUGCAUUUGAUACAUUUUGGAUGGAGCACAUUAUCCGGACGUGCUUGAGCCAAACGCUGCAAGAUGACAAAGUCAUUCUUUACGAGGAU